ACUUCAAGAUAGGUUAAUCGCGUUUAAUCGUUUAUAACAAAAUCCGUAACAAAACAAACUAAAGAGUUAAGUACAUGUAUGAAAUAAUUGUAGCUGUAUUAUCGGAAAGACACUUCUGUCUAUAAAUAGAAUACCACAAGCAAUUAUUUGUAAUAAUAUAUCGUUCAUAUUACACGUAAACAUACAUUAUUGCAUGACUGUACUUCCAGUUGUAUAGGAUUUUAAAAUACAGAAGUGCACAGGUUCUUUUGUUGAUUACAACACAGAGUGAAACUUAAGGAUGGCGAGCAGUUUUUAACCAUGUUGUGAUCUGCGUAAAGUUUCAUGGAUAGGAGUAAAACUUCGUCGUCAGGCCGGCGUCACCUUCGUCAACAAAUUAACGAAAUGGUUCACAAUAUAGAAGCGGUAAUGGUGAAUAUAAACAGUGUUCUUGGAGAAGUUACGGUUCUUGUAAAAGAAAUUGACAGCAUUACUGAGCGACUUGAAACCCAUUAUGAAAACAAAAUAAAGAAACGGGAAGUUGUUCUAGACGCCAACAGGAACCACUGUGACGUAUUAGACACACCAGGCUUCUCCAACCAAUCAAAACUGACCACGCCAUCACCAUAUUUGGACUAUACAUAUCUUGAUCUCGCAAACGACUGUGAUACAUGCCACGAAAAUGUCCAUAGUUUUACUUUCAAUGAAAAAUAUCCAUUAUGGAUUCAGUAUAAUACGUGGAAACAUGACAAUUCUAUAUCGGAUGUAUCUGAAGUUUCCGCCGGAAGUGACUCCAAUAACCUCGCUUCCGGUGAAAGUUACGAUAAAUCUUGGAAAAGUGUUUCAAAUUUAGGGAGGAAAACUGAAUGUGUUCAUAAAAACUAUUAUCCAGCAAAGUCAAAAAGUAAAUUCGAAGAAGAAGAUAUAGCAAAAUUUACAAAAUGUUGUAGCAAUUCACAUACUGAUCUCAGUGAAAAGUACUGCGGGGUGUACGAACAAAUAAUGGAACAGCAACUGGAAGCCUUAGAGCAAAGUUCCAUAGAUUUUAUAGAGACUAAUCAAUUUAGUGACACAGUUUCUUCAGGAUGUACAAGUGAGGAUUGUUGUAAUGAAGCUCUAGGAAAUUCUGGUUACUUCUCUACUUACACAAUCAAUUACUCACAACAGGACAAGCCUGCUUGUAUCACUGUUCGUGAAUUUAGCGACUCAAAUACUAGUGUUUCCGAGUAAAAAUACAUGUAUAUACAUGAGAUUUGAACCCCAUGAUGACAUUAUGUGGUAUAUUAAAAC